UUUAGGAAAAAUGCUGAGACGCCGCGACCUAACCUUCUCUGAAAUUCACGCACACUGUCUCUCUUACUCAGUUACUCACUCAAUCUACACCGCUGAAGCACUUUCUUAUUUACGAAAUUAGUAAUCAUAGAAAUCUGUGGGGUGUAAUAAAAAUCCCAUACUUACCCCUUUCUCCCGUCGAUCGAUCUCGCUGCGACUUGGAGAAGAAACUGAGAAAUUUCCAAAGGCAGCAGAUUACUUAAACCGGAAAUUGGACGUCAUGUCACUGGGAGAAACGGUACCCCGGUCACCUUUAGACAAGCCCCUCAACCAACUCACUGAGGAUGACAUUUCUCAGGUCACUCGCGAAGAUUGCCGCCGUUACCUCAAAGAAAAAGGUUUCUCUCUGCAUUUUUUUUUGGUGGAUGCGGAGACCAUCGUGGAACAAAUCGCAAGCGAUUCAGCAGGUAAUCUCGCUGAAAACUCUUCUCGAAACGACAUCGGAUUGGGACGCCGUCGAAGCUCGCAAGAAACUUUACACUCCUUGCCCCGAAAACCCUCCUCGUGUCGCUUCUGAUUCAACCGUUCUGCCGAACGGAACGACACAUCAUGACGGGAGCUCUGUUCCAGUCAGCAAAUCUGUUCCUUCUCCCCGUCUAGAUCCCUCGAAAUCCGAUUUUUCAGGAGACAACGCCGGUCGAACUGUCAUCUCUGGAGAUGACUCUGUUUCUCCAAGAACUGCAGAUUUAGCAAAAGAGCCAGCAGGACAAAUGACAAUUUUUUACUGUGGGAAAGUGAAUGUCUAUGAUGAUAUGCCUGGUUGUAAGGCGGAAACAAUCUUGCAGAUUGCUGCAAGCCCAGUCUCAUUGCCUUGGGAAACUCUAGCUGAUCAGAGGACCACACCAUGGUCCAUUCCAUGCCAUUUACAGACUGCAGGUGUCAAAAUAAGCCCAUGCUGGCCAAUGGUUAUAUUGCCAUCACUGCAAACAGUAAAGGCGGCAGAAAACUGUCAGUUUCCUCGAGAAGAGAGCAAUGUAUCUCUUGAAGACAGCCAUGAUGGUCCUACUACCAGAAAAGCAUUGGUGCAAAGAUAUCUUGAGAAGAGGAAAGACAGGUAUAAGAACAAGAGAAAGUUGGCAUCGUCUUCAUCUCCUACCUUGGACAUCUACUUAAAUCAAGUGGGAGAUAAGUUCUCAAAUGAGCAGUUGAAACAAAGUAAACCUCAUUCUUCUUCCCGAGCACAAGAACCUUACACGCCUCUUCAGUGCAGCUCCAUUGAAAAUUUUCCAAAGAUUGCCAUUCUCACUACUCAUUCUGAUGCCAAAGGUGAAAUGAUUUAUCUCUUUCAUACCUUGCUUGUCUUUAUGUGAUAUUGGGGUUUAAAACUAGGAAAUCCAGGACAAAUUUGAUAUGAUUAUUAAUGUUCUCCCAUACACAUUUUAGAAGUGCAUGUACCCAGCCCAAAUUUCAUCAUCGUACUGCCUAUGUUACUAUCUAGCCGAAGUAUGUUAGAUAGUUACCUAUCAUGAUUUUUUGUUUUGGUUCUUACAGCAGGAAACAAAGCCUGCUUGUGGCAUCUCUUAUCGGAACAGUUUUCCUCGGGCUUUUAUCAUGAGUCUUAAAUUAGUUCCACUAGUUCAGCCGUAUAUAAACUUUCCUGUUAGUUCCAACAUAUUUCAACUGCCUGAACUAAUGAUUAGCAGAAAUGCAACAUAUUUAUACUGUCAACUGGCCCAAUUUAAAGGACUGCUGUUACUAGGGCAAAGUAAAUGAGAUGUGAUUGCCUUAUUGCAGAUGCAUUCAAAAUGAGCUUGGAUCAGCCAUGAAUUUGGUGGCUAGGGACUAAGCACGGAGCCCUUAUCAAAUAUCCGGGUUAACCAUGUUGACAUGGAUGGAGUGCUCACGGUGUAGUUUUCCUUGUAAGAGUUGGUAGCAUAAUAUUUAACCUGUUGUAUUCGUUGUUGUAUUCGUUAUGGCCAUUAUCACUAAGCUAAAUGAGGAAUGCAGUUCAGCGUUGCUGAUCUAUAUUUUUCUCGGUACGGUUUCAUUGAGUGAUUUGCAGUAAGCUAUAUGACCAUAUGGCAAUUGAAAGAGAAGAGUUAACUUCUGUUUUCCCAUGGUCAUUUUAAGCACUAAGGCUUUUCUAGCUAGUAGCAAUCCUUGUUAUGAUUUUUUUGUCUUAAAAAUCAUAUGAUUGAGCAAAAGUUUAUUAUUAUGGGUCAUUUCCAGACAAGGCA